UGGGCUGUAUCUAGAAACGAACCAAUUUUCAAAAGAGGGUCAGGACUAUUUAGAAAUAGUUUUAACAACGCAGAAUGGGUGUCAAUGACUUGUAAUAUUGUUUGGGCAUAGGGGUGAACGCGCGUCGCCUUGAUGCCUCGCCCCAUAAAUCUUCGAGAAUGGUUAGCGCCCAGAUGGCGCGCUACUUGAAGCGCCGAGAUCAGGCUGUCGCUCGCGGCUGCGCGCGCGGGUCAGUGUGAAGCAUGGAAGCUGGGUGGGCCGAGGUUCGCGCCUUGGAGGCAGAGAUAGCAGAGCUGCAGCGAGCCUGUGAGAAACUGCCGGCACCCCAGGAAAACGCGUCCCGAAUCCAAAAAUCACUUCAAGAAAUACUCCAAUCAGAUUCUGAGGGACAGAAAUCUUCAAAAGACCUGAAAAGUCAGCUUGAACAUUUAAAAACAGAACUUUCAUUUUUAAGUUCGCUUACUGGCCUCAAUAUAAGAAAUUACUCCAAGAAGGACUUAGUGAGUGCUGGGAUGACAGAAAAAGGUAUAAAGAAGGUUAUGCAGAGACACAGAUUAUCAGGAAAUUGCCGCAUGGUUACAUUUCAACUUGAAUUUCAGAUUCUGGAAAUUGAGACUGAGGAAAAUUCAUCUUCCUUAAUUACUGACCUCAGCAUAAUAAUGGAGCCCACAGAAUAUUCAGAAUUAAGUGAAUUUGUAUCUGGAGUAGAAGAAAGAAGAGAUUUGCUUAUGUUUUUCCGAAGUCUACAUUAUUUUGUAGAGUGGUGUGAACAUCGUAAGAAGACAUUUAAGCAUUUUAAGGACAAGUACCCAGGCACUGUGCACCUCUCAGAGGGGCCCAACUCACACUGCAUGGAAAUCCACAGUGCCAGCCAGCCUGGGUUUGAAUUGAUGGUGGUUUGGAGGAUACAAAUAGAUGAAGAAGGAAAGGUUUUGCCAAAGCUGGAUCUCCUCACCAAAGCCCCACACCGAGCCCUGCAACUGGAUAAGAAGAAAGUCAUAGAAACUGCUCCACUGAACUUCCGAACCCUGCUAGGAGUGCUGGGAAUUGAAGCUGCUAUAGACAGCCUGAUAAAUUGCUUUGUGUGAGAAAUGGCUCGUUCCCAAAGGGCUAAGAUGCUGUGCUAACUGAAGUGCAAGCAACUUAUGUUGAAUAUAAAAACUCAGAAUCCACACCUCUUAAGAUGUACUGCAUGAUACAAGCCAAGCUAUAUUAGAUAGGAACUCUCAUGUCAUGAGAAAUACAACAAUUUAAAUACAAAAUGUCAAAUACAA